AGAACAAAGCUCUCCACCCUCUUGCGGCUGCGUUCUGCUCUGGCAUUUGCGGUGUUUAUUGGUUUGAAGGAGAGCAAUAUAUCUCUUUCCUCCCCUUUUCUCUGUUUUCUUUCCUUUUAAAGUUCGCUCCUGCUGCCCGAAGCGCGUCUUAGGGGUUAAUUUAACACCGAGCAGCCGGAGGAGCGUCAAGGCGCGUACGCGCUCACUGAUACAGUGGAGUAGUUGUGCCGAUUGCUCCCGCAGAGGCGAUGCCCUUUUGUGGAGAGGCUUCCAGUCACAGAGGACACACCACGUUCACAGUUGGGACACAAAGAAGAAGAGCUCCGUUUUAAAAGAAGAAGAAGAAAAAAGGCUCCAUUCUUCCCCCGCUGUUUACUGUGGGUGUUUACAAGGAUUUUUGUUGUGCGCAUGAAAAGUAGGAGAGGAGAGGAGACCCCAGCUUGCUCUCUCCUCUCUCCUCGGAGUUACCAGUCUCGCGUUGGAUGGAGAGUGGAACUCUUGCGCACGAGUUUUGCUCAUGGAAGUAAAGAUGAAGUUCUCUACAGUGGUUUCAGCAGGAUAGUGGACUGGAAUCCUGUAAUUCACCCUCAAAAAGAAGCAUUUUUUUCUUUUAUUUGCUUCCACCUGCACAAAGGAUGCCAAAUGAUAAAUACGCAGACAUGGAGGAAAAACUUUGGAUACUGGAGGACCUCAACAUGAUGUACAUCCGUCAGAUUGCUCUCAGCUUGCAGGACAGCGACAUUCAGAAGAAGAUUGACCAUGAGAUCCGGAUGCGAGAUGGAGCUUGCAAGUUGCUGGCUGCCUGCUCACAGCGAGACCAGGCCUUGGAGGCAGCAAAGAGCCUGCAGACGUGCAGCACUCGCAUCAUGGCCUACAUGUCGGAGCUGCAGAGGAUGAAGGAAGCUCAGGUCAUGCAGAAUGUCCCACGCAGGUCUUCGGAUGCCGGCCCGAUGGACGAUAGGCUUCCCUGCAAAGGAAAAGUGGCAAUCUCAGAUCUUCGGAUCCCUCUUAUGUGGAAAGACACGGAGUACUUCAAGAACAAAGGAGAGCUUCAUCGCUGUGCUGUGUUCUGCCUGCUGCAGCUGGGAGGAGAGAUCUUCGACACGGACAUGGUGAUAGUGGACCGGACGCUCACCGAUAUCUGCUUUGAUAACACCAUCGUCUUUAGUGAAGCCAGCCCUGGCUUUGAGCUCCGAGUUGAGCUCUACAGCUGCUGUUCAGAGGAUGACUACUCUGCCGGGAGCACGCCCAGAAAACUGGCCAGCAAGUUGAGCUCCUCGCUGGGCCGAUCAGCGGGAAAGAAGCUCAGAGCGGCGAUGGAGCCUGGAGCUUGUAGUCCUGUUAGUAACGGAGGGGCGGCUCCUCUCCUGCUGCCGGUUCCCUCCGUGCCGGGCCCGAAGUACCACCUCUUGGCUCACACCACCCUGUCGCUGUCACACGUCCAGGACAGCUUUCGCACGCAUGACCUCACUAUUUCAGGCAAUGAGGAGUGCUCCUACUGGCUGCCACUGUACGGCAGCAUGUGUUGCCGCCUCGGAGCUCAGCCGCACUGUAUGACCCAGCAGAUGAUGGGUGGAUGGUUGAAAGUUAAGCAGUGUGGAGGCGAUCCUAAGACGUGGACAAAAGUCUAUGCCGUUCUAAAAGCAACAAGCCUUUUCUGCUACCAGCGACAGGAGGAUGUGGACGCCAAUGUCGAGCCUGCUUUGACCAUCGGGAUCAACAAGGAGACCAGGAUACGCGCGUCAGAGAAGGACCCCCACAGUAAGGGUCAGAACAUUUGCAUCAGCAACCGAUACGGAGGGGAAGAGGUCACACACACUCUGAACACGGAGAGCCGGGAGGACACGCACAGCUGGAUGGAGGCCUUCUGGCAGCAUUUCUAUGACAUGAGUCAAUGGAAGCAGUGCUGUGAUGAUUUAAUGAAAAUUGAACUUCCCUCUCCAAGAAAACCAGCUCCUGUCACACCAAAACAGGGCUCACUUUACCAUGAAAUGGCCCCUCUUUCAGCGCCCUCCUGUGAGGGUCUUCUGCUGCAGGAUAACGCUGUGUCUGCUGAGAUUCGUGCUCUGCUCUCGUCCUAUUACAAUGACAGUUAUUGAGUCAUCCGAUGACCUCAGAAGCACCGUGUCCGACAUCCUGGCCCGGAGAAUGCAAGAGCUGGAGCUCCGCAGCCAGCUGGGCACGUCUCCCACCUGGAUGUCUGUGUUUGAGGAGAACAGUCCGAAAAGCACUGGCUUCCCUGUCCGUCCGUGUACCUCCCGCCUGUCUGGCCACAGCCCUCACUCUCCGCAUCGCCUUCCCUCUCGGAGCCCCGCGAGCCCGCACCGCUGCCCGCAGCCGGGUCUGCUCUCCUCUGACGCGAGCCUGACGUCGGACAGCGACAGCCAUUGCAGCACCAGCCCAUGCUCUCACCGCCACGGCUGGCCUGAGCCGUCGUCAAACUUCUCGCUUUUGUCCUCCUCGCCCUCCCGCCUGAGGCCGCGCACUCUCUCUCUGGACGCUAAGCUCAGCACCCUCCGGGGGCGAGGGUACGGAGGGGCCUUCCAGUGCUCCUGCCAGCCUCCUUCCUCGUCUCUGCUCGCGCCUCACCCCGUCUCCUCCCGCUCGCCCCUGUCGCAGCGCAGCACGCAGACCACGCUGUCCUGCUCCAGCUCCACCUCCAGCAGCAGCUCCAGCAACAGCGAGGGCAGCCACAGCCCCGAGUCGUCAGAGGGGGGUCCGUUCUCCAGGCCCUUGCCAGCUCGACGCAGCCUGAGAAACCUGCGGGCCAGGCUCGAUCCCCGUAACUGGCUGCAGAGUCAGGUGUGAACUUGUUCCCCAAUGGACAAUUAUUAUUUUAUUUUUUUUGUGGCGGGGGGGUUUGCUUGUUUUUGUUUAAGCAUACACAUUAACAAGCUUAUUAUGUGAACUAAACUCAAGGAUGUGUGCAGCUGCCUUUUACAGGAAAUGGUGGCUUAGAGAAGACCUGGGUGGGUCCAACUGGAAAAUUAUUUUUUUGUUUUGUUUUUGUUUGUUUUGUUUUUUUAACCCAGAAGAUGGUGACAGUCUCUGCAGGAGCUCCUGGGUUCACACAGUUUAUAGGAUGGGAGACAGUGUUUUUGCUUUCAGAAAUUACAUUAAUGAUGCUGCUUUGGAGCGAGUAAACAAAAAGCUAAAGAAUUGCUUAGACACGCUGCACACUGUUCAAACUCUUAAUGUGAUCUUGAAACUGGAAGAUAUGUUAUUUUCCCCCUUUUUCCAUCCUUACGGAAACAUCAUUUUAAGGUAAAAUCUCUCUUGUUGUCCCCGUCAUACUUUAUCUGAAUGUAAUUUAUUAUGUUAUAAAAUGUGAAGUGUUUCUGCUGCGGGGGGGGGUCUGUGACUUGGAGCAAAGGAGCACUUCACGGGAAAGAUUUAUAUAUUUAUGAUUUUAUUAACAGAUACACAUGGUGAAACACGGGUGGUGGCAGCAUCAUGGUGUGGGGAGAUUUUUCUUUAGCAGGGACAACAGGCUUCAAAAAGACCUGAGUGGAGAUUCACCUUACCUUUCAGCAGGACAAUGACCUUAGAAAUACAGUGGGAGCUACUGUUUGUUCUUCAGGGACUACAAGGUGUAAGAUUUUGAACAACACACCCCGUUUGUGCAGUUUUGCUCCCCAGCGAUUCUCCUCAUUAAGUAGAUGAGAGGUUAACAUUUGUUGCCUGUUCCUGCCUCAGUAUACUUACUUAUUUACACACCAGAAGAGUCUUUUAAAACAACUAUGCAGCAUUUUGUUCUAUUGGUUAGAUGUUGAAGUACCUGUGAUCAUACUAACGGUGGAUUUGGGGGACGUUAAAUGCAGGUGUUUAUAUUUACUGUAUUGGUUCUGACUGAUAUUUUCAGAAUGGAAAAAAUUAACUCUUUGCUUUGCGUUUUACCUUAAUCUGCACGUCACCGGAGGGCCGUCAGUAGAACCAAGUGGUUGUAGUCAAAGUAAAGUAUUAAUAGAAAACCCCAAUCCAAACUCAAUGUCAUGCUGCACUGGCACCCUUGCAGUAUAUUGAGUGGUUUGUGUGUGGCGUUUCCUCCCUGUGAGUCUUAAGAGUAAAAUCUAAAAUAAGCCACGACUCCAUUAAUAUCAAACAUGUCCAUGAAAAUCUUUACAUGUCGGAUUCCUCCUGCAUACUGGCCAUAGGACUGUAAGUGAAGACGUCGCGUCACAUUUCCACCCCUAUAUUUUUCUUAACUGCAAUUGUUCUCACCAUUUCUUUUUUGUUGUUUUUACGUGUUUUGAAUUAACCAAAUUUCAAAUGGCAGUUCAUGACUAUCGGUAAAUCCCCGUUUUGUUUUGUUUUUGUUUGUUUCUUUUCAUGCCUGUCAAUCAUUGUGGGCUCAUAUUUACUGAGAUAUGUCGAACAAGCAUUUGUUACUGUAAAUUAUUUUGUAAGUUAACAGAUAAACCUCGCUCUGUCAUUUUGUCACAUAGCUGAUUUUAUAAGUGCAACUGUACUGAUGUGUGAUGGUCAGACGCUUAACAGAUAAAAGUGUGAAUCUUUAUUUGUUAACGAUUAACACUGUUAAGAGUCUCCCUCUUUUGCAGGUUUUGUGUGUCCCACAUCUGUAAAAGGUUGAGUAUAAAAUGAGAAAUGUCACAUUUAAAUAAUAUAACGUUAAUUAAAAUAAAUGUUUAUAGUUUUAAAACUA